CUAUAUGAAGGAUUAAUGUAGUAAGCAGAACACCACCACAUCCAUCAAACUGAAGAGACUGAAAGUUGUUCUCUGCUUGCUCUUUCUCAUCAGGAAAGAGAUCACCGACCCAUUUGUCACCAUUUCUCUCUGCGCCACACCACCGGAGUCCAACCGGUAAACGCUGACCCCCAUGGACGUUGACUUCAGGGCUUACAAGGUCCACUCUGCCAGGCAUUUCUCAACUGUCCAAGCUGCGCGCAUUCACACUGAUAGCCACUUAAUAUUCGAUGAUUCAGACGGGGAGGAUGAUGCAAGAACUUGUUUUCCAUGUCCCUUCUGUUAUGUGGACAUUGAUUUGUCUAUGCUCUGUAGCCAUUUGCAAGAAGAUCACUGCUUUGACUUAAAAAAUGCAGUUUGUCCUUUGUGUGCGGCAAAUCUUGGGAAAGAUGUGAUUGGGCAUUUUAUAGUGCAGCAUGCAAGCUCACUAAAGCGGAGGAAGAAAUCUGAGAAAUCUGGCUUCUUGACCGGUAAUUCAGCAAUGCUUGGCAAAAAGUUGCCAACAAAUCCUGUGGGAAACAAGCAUGAAUCUGCACCUGAUCCACUUCUCUCACUAUUUAUCAAUAACAUGCAUUUUUUGGACCCUAAAUGUAUCCAGCAGGAUGAAUGCUUCAGUGAUGAUGCCUCUGACGCAUCUGAUGUCAAAAGCAUGGAGGCAUCUUCACUGGAUGAAGGCCAUGAACAAGACAACGAAGAGAGAAGGCAGAAAGCAGCUUUCGUCCAACAGUUGAUCAUGUCGACCAUUUUCUAAGACCUAUUCUCGUGUCUCAUGAAGCUCAAACUUUUCAAGAAGGUGCAAAAGGGUUGCUUCACUCGUUCGGUCAUCAACGACUCGUUUUUUCAACUAGCACUGGGUUUUUAUGGUGCAUGAUAGUAGGAGGAUGCAAAAUAGUUUCAAUAUUAGGUAUCCUAGAAACUUGGUCUGGAAAUGGCCAACUAAUACAGCAUUUCUUCUUGGUCGAAGGCAGUGGUGAUAGUAAACCUUCGACUGGACUCUGGAGUAUCAACCUAUCUUCUAUGUCUCUUAAUCAGUAGAACUAAACAUUUCAGUUAUAAAGCUAAUUAUUAAAUCUUUGAUUAUCUAAA